AUGCAGGUGAAGCUCGGAGAGACGAACAAGCUCGACGAGUUCCAGGAGAACCUGCACAAGAUGCAGGCGGAGGCCGAGUCGAGCGGGGGCAACACGAAGAGCGCCCCGCAGUUCUGGAUGCCGAGCCCGCUGCCCGAGAGGGUCCUCAUGCAGAUCCACGAGCUCUUCCUGCGCUCCGAGGGCCACGAGAUCCCCCUCCGAAACUUCAUUGCGACCUGGAACGCGCACUUCGCCAACGAGACGCUGGCCUACCGCACCCUGGGCUUCCGGGACGUACGGGGGCUCCUCUCGCAGGCCUCCCCGGCGCGCGGCGUCGGCGCGCGCCUUGCGAUGGUGCCGUCGUAA